UCGGCCUCCCAGAGUGCUAGGAUUACAGGCGUGAGCCACCACAUCGGGCCACAAAUCUUGAUCUCUUAAUCAAAACUGUACAGACUCUCUCUCCUGGGUCUGCAUGUAACUGAAAACCAAAGUCCACCUUUCGCGGGGCGAGGUGGGAGGCAGCGAGACGAGGGACGGUGGGCCAGCCAGUCGCGGGAUGAACCACAACUCCUAGACUCCCUGGCAGUCUGGGAGUUCCUUGGUGGGAGCUCCUGGGAGUUGUGGUUCACCGGUUCAUUUCCCCCGCGGCACCUCUAUCCCUCCCACAAUCUCCACCCGUGCCUUGCGGCUCCAGCUCCGGAUCAGCUUGGCGUAGUAGUCUCACUUUUCUCUAUCAUUUUUCUCAUUUAGCUAAUUUUUGUCAUUUUUAGCUGAUUGUUAAGCACACCCAAGGAUUUUUCCGUUGGAAAACGGUCGUGACGGAGGAAGAGCCAGGAGCAAGCGUUAACCCGGAAGGAGUGUACCCGGAAGUAAAAGUGAUUCCGGGUCUGUCAGCCUGAAAUGUAGCGGGUCUCGGAAGGUUCUGACCUCAGACAGGCGAGCUAACGUCCUUUCUUCUUUUUCAUAGAUGCUGAGAUGAGUCGUCACCUAUGUGUUUGGCUUUUUAGACAUCCAUCUCUUAAUGGUUACUCCCAGUGUUACAUCCACCUCCAUUCUCAUCAAUGUAGACAGAUACAUCUUCAUACAAGGCUGUGGGUAUUUAGACCAAACAGGAAUCGGAUUCUCCAGCUGUUAAAUAAGAACUGGUCCAGGAGAUACUGUCAUCAAGACACCAAGAUGCUCUGGAAGCAUAAAGCACUACAGAAAUAUAUGGAGGACCUGAAUAAGGAGUACCAAACACUUGAACAAUGUUUGCAGCAUACCUCUGUAAAUGAAGAGAAUCGAAGGUCCUUGAACCGAAGGCAUGCUGAGUUGGCACCACUUGCUGCCAUUUACCAAGAAAUUCAGGAGGCUGAACAAGCAAUUGAAGAAUUAGAAUCAAUGUGUACAAGUCUAAAUAAACAAGAUGAAAAGCAGUUACAAGAACUUGUAUUGGAAGAAAGGCAAACCAUUGAUCUAAAAAUCAACAUGUUAUACAAUGAGCUUUUUCAGAAUCUAGUGCCAAAAGAGAAAUAUGACAAAAAUGAUGUUAUUUUAGAGGUGACAUCUGGAAGAACUACUGGAGGUGAUAUCUGCCAACAAUUUACCCGAGAAAUAUUUGACAUGUACCAGAAUUAUUCAUGCUAUAAACACUGGACAUUUGAACUUCUGAAUUACACACCAGCAGAUUAUGGUGGACUACAUCAUGCAGCUGCCCGAAUUUCUGGUGACAAUGUCUAUAAGCAUUUGAAGUAUGAAGGUGGGAUUCACCGAGUUCAGCGAAUCCCUGAGGUGGGCCUGUCGUCACGGAUGCAGCGUAUUCACACAGGAACAAUGUCAGUUAUUGUCCUUCCUCAACCAGAUGAGGUAGAUGUGAAAUUGGACCCCAAGGAUUUACGUAUAGAUACAUUUCGAGCCAAAGGAGCAGGAGGGCAGCAUGUUAAUACAACAGAUAGUGCUGUCAGACUUGUCCAUAUCCCCACAGGGCUAGUAGUAGAAUGCCAACAAGAACGAUCACAAAUAAAAAAUAAAGAAAUAGCUUUGCGUGUGUUGAGAGCUAGACUCUACCAGCAGAUUAUUGAGAAAGACAAGUGUCAGCAACAAAGUGCUAGGAAACUCCAGGUGGGAACAAGAGCCCAGUCAGAGAGAAUUCGGACGUAUAAUUUCACACAGGAUAGAGUCACUGACCACAGAAUAGCAUAUGAAGUUCGUGGUAUUAAGGAGGAGAUUAUAUGAAAUAUUUACACCAGGGGGCCUCUUAGACUUCUGCCUACCACAAUAUGUAUUUUGUUAGGUUCGGGUGUUACAAUUAUGUUGUUGGGGAAAAGACCCUGUCAAGAAUAUUUGAACAUUACCCUACCUAAAUCCCAUCUAGCCAGGACCACGGACAUUAAUGUAUUUGAUUUUCAAAGAAAGUAUAGUCAAUACAUUAAUGAUGAAACACAGAAAAAUUUCUCUUUUGUUGCCACUGAAGGAGGAAGUGAACUGGUUCCCAUAAAGGACUAUGUGGAAAAGGCAGAGGACAGAAAGUUCUGAUCCUUUUUCUUGGUGCCUCAGGCUUCUUUCACUUGAUACUGUCCCAUUCUGUAGUCAAAAUAAAGACCUGGUUUUACAAGGGAAAUGUCUGUGUUUUUAAUAUGUUUAUAAAUUUCUGUGUAUCUUAUGCUACUUCCUCUGUCUCCUCAGCAGUAUAAGGCUAUCUUGUAUAGGAAUGCAAUAUCUGUGUCAAAAAAGAGAAAAUAUUUGCUAAUUUCCCUUUCCUCAGGAAACACACAGUAUUAAGCAAACAUGUUUGGCCAUAUUGUUCUAAUUAAGCCAUAUUCUUUUAGUUGUUUUACUGGUAGCAGUGACAAUUUUUUUCUGAGAAAGCUACAUUCUUAUGACCAGUAAUAAGUAUCUUUUAGAUAGGCACGUAGGUAUACAGUAUAGUAUUCAGCUGUGAAACAGAGGCAAGGUAACCGGGUUUUAGGAGGAGGGGAGGUUUGUUUGUUUUUUUGUUUUAGACACAGGGUCUUGCUCUGCCUUCUAGGCUGGAGUGCAGUGGU